AUGGACCUAGAUGCAGACCGGAGAACACCAUCACCGGUACCAUCUCUGGGUCACGACACUCUGAGUACUCCCAUAGCAGACAUGCCCACGCCGCCAGCCUUUGCUUCCACCUUCUCGCUACCUAUAAAUGCCGCCAAAAACCAAUCUCUCGAUGCUCCUAGCUCUCCAAGCAUCACAACUGAUAACGACUUGUUUCCUCCUUUGUUGCCUCAGACCGAGACAUGUGCAAUGGACAGACCCGAUAUGUCUAUCAUUGGUGGAACUCCCGACUUUCUCCUCCUGUAUUGCUUCAACAUGCAGCGCGCUGUAAACUUUUACUCGCGCUGUUUCGGCUGGCAAUUCUAUGGCGACAUGAAUGCUCAGCAGUCUGACGACCCCUACAUGAGACAAUGGGGAUCUUCGCACUUUGACGUGCAGCCCAUGAACUUCUUCAACUCGAGCCAGAGCGGGGGAUCUUGCAUCACAGGAGCUUUGAUCCAAGCAAGAAGCAUGGGAGACGAUCAUGCUCAACUCGAGCACAAGAGACAAAUGGCCAUGGCGAAAGGCGCAACACCUUCAUGCCACAUUCGCGUGGCUGAUCUGGGAAUGGCUGAGUCGUUGAUUGAAUACCACUACGGCGAGGUCAAGCAGUUGCGAUUCGGCGUUCGACAAUGCAUCAUGGACAUUGGCGAGUUUGUCGACCCUGAGGGAAACUUGAUUGGCCUCGUGUCUCUGCACCCGGAAAAUGCCAUUACCACAGGGAAUGUGGAUUAA